UAACAAUAUUUAAAGUGGUCUAUAAAGAAAACGCAUAAAAUUUAGAGAUCGAAGAGGAAAUGGAGAGUGAACCCUAUCUUCCACAACAAUCACAUGAAUCAGCUGCCACCAAAGGCACUACCUUUUCUAGAACUUGUUUUAAUGGUGUUAAUACCUUAUCAGGAGUAGGAAUAUUAUCCGUUCCGUAUGCACUUUCUCAAGGAGGAUGGCUGAGCUUAAUUCUCGUAUUUGUUGUAGCAAUUUUGUGUUGGUACACAGGAAUACUACUAAGAAGAUGUAUGGAUGAAGAUGAUACAAUCAAAAGCUAUCCCGACAUAGGAAGAAAAGCUUUCGGACAUAAAGGAAGAAUUUUAGUAUCGGUUUUCAUGUACGUCGAACUAUAUUUAGUAGCAGUAGAGUUUUUGAUUUUAGAAGGUGACAAUCUAAACAAGUUAUUUCCGGACGUGAUGAGUUUCAAAUUUGGUGAAGUUGAAGUCGGAGGUAAACAAGGGUUCAUUCUGCUAACUGCGCUUGUGAUAUUGCCAACAACAUGGCUGCGAAGUUUAGGCAUGCUGGCUUAUCUCUCUGCUGGUGGUGUUUUGGCUUCUGUUGUGUUGGUUGGUUGUGUUCUUUGGGUUGGUGUUGUUGAUGGUGUUGGAUUUAAUGAGGGAGAUGUUCUCUUCAAUUGGGGUGGCUUGCCUACUGCUAUAAGUUUGAUUACCUUUUGUUACUGUGGCCAUGUGGUUUUCCCUACUUUGUACCAUUCCAUGCAAGAUAAAACUCAAUUUUCUAAGGUUUUACUAGUAUGCUUUGUCACAAGCACCCUCACUUACGGAUCAAUGGCAGUUAUAGGAUACCUAAUGUAUGGAGAAAAUUUAAAGUCUCAAGUGACCUUAAACCUCCCUACAACAAAAAUUAGCACACAAAUAGCAAUAUAUACUACUCUAAUAAAUCCAUUUACCAAAUAUGCGCUCGUCAUUUCUCCAAUUUCUAAAGCUAUUGAGGACAAAUUUCAUCUCGACAAUAGACGAUAUCUCAGUAUUCUACUGAGAACUUCGAUUAUGAUCACCACAUUAGUUGUCGCAUCCACCAUUCCGUUCUUUGCCUAUGUAAUGGCUUUUAUUGGAGCUUUCUUGAGUGUCACGGUUUCUAUGUUAUUACCGUGCCUUUGCUAUCUGAAGAUUAACAAAGCUGCUAGAAAUUUAGGGUUUGAGCUUGUGGUGAUAGUGGGGAUAUUGAUUUCGGGGUCUUUUACUGCUGUUGUAGGUACAUACAUAUCUCUUAAGCAAAUAAUAACUCAUUUGUAAAAAAAAUAGAUGCGAUGGCUAGAUUCAUUGUAAUAAUUCUGUAAUAGCAAUAAAGUUCUUUUACAAUAA